AUGCCGCUGCCCAAGCGCGCCUUCGUGGCGCUGCAGGACCGCUUCGUGAGCUCCUUAGCGGUGGCCUGUUGCCCUACCAUGGAUCUGGUCGCAGUGCUCACACUGGACCACCACCUCCUGGUUCACCGGACGACGUCAUGGCAAAAGCUGCUGCACAUUAAGCCAUCGGACGUCGGCUUCGAGAUAGUGACGCUGGCCUGGAAACCCGAUGGACUGCAGCUCGCUGUCGGCUGCGACGAAGGAGACGUGGCAAUUUUCGAGAUCGAGUCGGGCGAAAUUAUUCCCGAAAGACGGAGCAGUCUCCGUCAUGAACAUCGCAUCACGGCAAUGCACUGGGCUCAGAUCGGUGAUGCUGAGGCUUCAAAGGCAGGUCCCAGCAACAAACGGCAUCACCCGAAGGAUUUUGAAGGUGAUUGGGGGACGUCUCAAUCGAAGACGCGAUUUCAACGUCGUUCCUCGAGGUUUCUUGCCGGUCACAGUAACGAAGCAGUGAGUGACGAUACGGUGCUGGUUACUGCUGAUGAACGGGGCUUUAUCGCUUUGUGGUGGAUGGGGAGAGUGAUGCUGACGAGAAUCGACGUGAGCGAACACUUUUCGGAGGAAGAGCAUCAGUUUGUGGGUGGUCAACAGGAAGGGGGCAGUAAAGAUUGUUUCCGGAUUGAGCGGGUGGAUCUGGCGCACGAUCUGUCGUUGUUGUUCGUGUUGCUGGUCUUUUCGAGUAGUGAUGGUAGCCACCCAGCAGCGUCAGAGACGAAGCUACAUCGCAUUCUCACUAUCGACUUGGCUGCAAUCCAGCGCAUCCAUGAGGAUGUGGUGCUUGUAGCCGACACUGUAGAUCGCGUCCAAGCGAUUUUGGACCGAGUUGUUGCUACUGGAAGACAAAUGACCACAGAAUGGAAAAAUGCCACUCGCAUUUUUGAGCUCAAGAUGGGGUUGAUCGGGUCUCUAUACGAGAAAUACGCAUGCGAGGACCCCCCACAAGUCGACAUGCUGUCUGUAGCGGUCACGGGUAUAACAUCUCCUGCGCUCGCACAAUACUUCGCGCAAGAUAUUCAGGAAAUGAGUGUCCAUCGCAUGCAAAAAGCUCUAUUUAGUGGCUGUGAUACGUUGAGGACCAUCGCUGAAGACAGAAUGAAGCGUGACUUGGUUGACCUGAUAUUUCUGCUAUCGGAGAUGCGUGGUCGUGCGAAGUGGAGUCAGCAAGCUUACACAAAUACGCUCGGUAUUACGGAAGGCGCUCUUAAUACUCUCGUUAGCACUACGCAAGACGCUCUUUUGGAGAUGGAGAAAUUUACGCUGGUGCUUCAUGAAACUCGUCAGGACUUCGCACUCUUUUUCCAGUGGAUUUUAGAGCGUAUCCGUGUUCACACGAGCGCAAGAGAAGAUGGACCAGGUGGAAACGCGUCCCGUGAAGUAGGUGCUACUGCUCACGGCGCAAAAUCUCUCCUAAAUUUGCGACGACUGUGUGACUUUUUACAGCGCGCAGCAGAAUAUGCACAGCAUUACCGAGAGCAACAGCCAAGUCACAACAAGUACAAGAUUGAAACUACCUUUGGCAACUCGGUGUCUCGGCAACUGUCUACGCGGCCAGUCCCAUCAGGGAACAGCACUGAAAAGUCAUCGCAGGGGUGUCUUUCUCUCUUCAAAAGCCUUCAAGACCAAUGGGUUACUUUGCUCGGUUUGAUGGCGAAGACACUCGCAAAAGCCACCGCUCGUGAGAAAAGUGGGUGUUUCUCAAUAGGGAGCAGCAAGAAUCUCGUAGAGGAGUGUCACGUCCAUUUUCGCCACGCGUUUAGCUCGCAGAGGCUCGAUGAUACUGAAGAUGACGACCAAAGUGACGAUGAAAACCAAGAAGAGGCGAUUGACUGGGGCUCGUUAGCACACUUCGGACCUAAUGAAGAUCAUCCGACAAAUCGUAGCACGCUACUGUUGGGGUUUCGUCUGCAGUCUGGUGUUUUAGUGCUGCUGCGAGCGAGUCGUGGUGUAGACCCCCCUCAUGUUCACUCUUCUCAUCUGGUAUGGGACUCAGCUAUUGUCCGCUUUUCCGAUGACAAUUCAGCAACACCAAUCGCGUGCCAGAGUUUCGAUUUUUAUGGUGACGAAGCCUCGGGAAAAAGUGAGCAGCUAGCGCUUUUGCUCGACCGGAAGACUGAUGAAGCUCACCAAGGUACGAACUGUUGA